AUGGCGCUCGCGACGCUGCUCGGCGCCCCGGUGGCGUCCUUGUGGUAUUUCUUCUACUUUGCUGCGUCAGCCUUUCUGUACCCCUACAUGGCGCUCUUCUACCGCCGCCUCGGGCUGCCCGAGCACCGCAUCGGACUCCUCGCCGGCAUGCGCCCCUGGGUCUCCGGCCCGUCAGGUCCCAUCUUUGCCGGGCUGGCUGACGCGUACUCGUGCCACGGCCCGCUGAUGAUCGGCAUGUCCAUCGGCGCGCUGCUCACGCGGCUCUGCUUCCUCGGCGCGUCGGGCCUCCCCACGGAGACGGCCAAGUUCGGGGCGCUGAUGGUCCUCGUCAUUGUCUCCGAGGUCAUGUCCGGCCCCCUGACGGUGCUGGCGGACGCGUGCACGGUCGGGAGCCUCGACAACGACGCGGACUACGGCAAGUACCGCCUCUGGGGCGCAGUGAGCUGGGGCACCGUCAACGGCAUCGCCGGCGGAUGCAUCGCGCUCUUCGGGAUCUAUUCGCUCUUCGGGUUCUACGCCGCGUUCGCGGCCCUCGCGCUGAUCCCUGCGGCAAAGUUCGACUUUGGCGUUCUGCGCGCGGGGGCGGUCGGCAGCCACCCGCACGCGGACAGCUCGCCCGAGGGCGCGCCGGAGGUGCGCGAGGUCGAGAUGGGCGAGCUGGACGCGCACCACCGCGAGGGCGCGAUUUCUGCGGCGGACGUGCACCACCGGACGGGCCCGUCGAAGCCGCAGUCGCGUCGGGCGUCGGUGCACCAGCAGGAGCGUCCCGCGGGGCGCAAGGGCAAGGAGCAGGAGGUCGGCGGGGCGGAGGGCGCGGGGACGGCGCGUUGGAGGACGGUGCUGGGUGCGCUGCGGCGGCCGCAGCUGUCGAGCUUCCUGUUCAUCGCGUCGGUGUGGGGGUACUGCGUCGGAACGAUCGAGGGCUUCCUGUUCCUGUACCUCGACCAGCUCGGCGCGAGCGAGGUGCUCAUGGGCGUCACGCUCACCGUCACGUGCGUCGCGGAGGUGCCCGUGUUCCACUACGUACCCAGGAUUCUGUCCGUCGUGGGGACGGCCGCGAUGGUGCACGUCGUGUGCGUGGCCUUCGUCCUGCGCCUGGGGUUCUACUCCGUCCUCGGCGCGCUGCCGUCGCCGUGGCUCGUCCUGCCGAUCGAGCUCCUCCACGGGGUGACCUUUGGCUGCGCGUGGGCGGUGGGGUGCAUCGUCGCCCGGCGCGGCAGCCCGCCGGGGAUGCAGGCGACGUUCCAGGGCAUUUUCCAGAUGCUCUACUUUGGGUUCGGCCACGGCGUCGGCGGCGUCGCGGGCGGAUACAUAUACGAGAUAUACGGGCCGGUCGCGGUGUUUCACACCGCCGGGGCAGUCAUCCUGGUGGGCUGGGCGGCGUACAGCACUUGGAUGGUCGGUCUGCGCGCCGUGGGCGCGGCGCCGCACGGCGACGCCGAGGUGGAGUACGCGGCGGUGGACACCGAGGAGGGGGGCGAGGGGCCGGCGAAAGCAUGA